AUGCAACACAAUGAAGAUCAGCCGCCCAUUGAGGCAGAUGACUCUGGAAUCGACGACGCCUCCUCCAUCGGCGGUGUCUCAACAGACGAAUCCAGCGCAUCGCUGAGAUCGAGCAUUCUGGAUUACCGCCGUGAGAACGGACGGACGUACCAUCGCAUGAGCGAUGGAAAGUACGUGUUCCCGAACGACGAGCGCGAGCAAGAUCGUCUUGACAUUGUCAAUCAUAUCUGGAUGCUGGCGCUCGACAAUGCCUUCUGUCUGUGUCCCAAGAAUGACGGCACAAAAGCUAAGAGAGUCCUCGACAUCGGAACCGGCACUGGGACCUGGGCCCUCGACUACGCGGAGACAUUCCCGGAGGCCACCGUCCUCGGCGUCGACCUCAGCCCUAUCCAGCCCGGUUUCGUUCCCCCCAACUGCAGCUUCGAGGUGGACGACUUGGAAAAGGAGUGGACCUGGACCAAUCCCUUUGACUUUAUCCUCUGCCGAAACAUGAAUGCGAGCUUUUCAGACUGGAACAACAUCAUCAAGCAGGCGUACGACCACCUCGAGCCCGGCACAGCCAUGGAUAAAUGGGGCGAUCUUUUGGUCGAAGCCUGUACUAAGAUUGGGCGCCCUGUUGACAAGGAGACGGUUCAGUUGGUUGGAAAGAUGGAGGAGACGGGAUUUGAGGACGUGAAGAGGGUUUCGUUCAAGUUUCCGUCCACUGGAUGGCCCAAGGAUAAGAAGCUGAAGGAGCUUGGUGACUGGAACCGCUCCAUGCUCUCGGGCGGUCUGGAGGGCCUGACUCUAGCAUUGCUUACCCGUUACAUGGAUUGGUCCAAGGAAGAGGCAUUGAUACUUUGCGCGCAAGUGAGAAAAGAAUUGGCAGACACACGGAUACAUGCAUACUGGAAUGGAUAUGUCAUCUAUGGACGGAAGCCUUUGAAGGCAGGCGAGGAAGAAAAUUCUCAUUGA